CGCAUAGAUGUGGUUGUUAUAUUUAUUUGGCUGUUUGUUGGGUCUGUGUGCGGCCCAGGAUCUGUUCAUCGACGAGAAUAACAAAGAGGAGAGCCCAUCGCCGACAAACAAAGGUGAGCACCGCCCCCGACAGCCCGUUCUGUGGGUGGAGGGAUGCACCACACACAUGGGGACACACCGAUGGAUCUGUUGUGUGUGUCGGAUGUGUGUCAUUCCGCAGAUGUGUCCGGUUACUGCUUUGUCUUCCGUCGGCUGCCCUGUCCAGCUUCCCAGCGGCCCGUGUGUGCGGCCGACGGCCUGCGCGCAUUCACUGUGGCCAACCGGUGUCAGUUCGAGAAAAUGCGCUGCGAUAACACAAAGCUCAGACUCAUCGGGGAGGAUACAUGCGAGAAGAGUAAGAAACGCCGGCCUUGGGAUGGAUCUAUCUCUAUGCUCACGUCACGUGGUGGGGAUUGUGUGUUGUCUGUCCAUCGAUCCAUCCAUCCAUCCACUCAGUGGCGGCUGUUGAGGUGUCGGCGAGUUAUGGGACCGGGGACUUAUGUGACCAGGCGUGCCUGACGGAGUAUGCGCCCGUGUGCGGCAGUGACGGCACCACCUACAGCAACGAGUGCUUCCUGGAGAUCGCCAGGUGUCGACAGCCCUCACUCACGAUUCUGCACCAAGGGGAGUGCCAGCCAGGUGAACUGGAAUCAUCUCCAUCUACUCUCCAUCCCGUUUCAUUGGCUGAUGUGUGUUUCUGUGGUUGUGGUUGUGGUUGUGUGUGUGCAGAGGACAGCGAGGAGGAGGACACGUCUGCAGUCGAGGCUCCCCCCGCUGGCCCCGACGCCAUCAAGUACCGACAAGCCAGCAUCGACGGUGAGUGACUAACACCGCCUCGCGCGAGAAACUGACAGAAGUACGUUUAUGUGUGGGUGUCUGUCUGUUUGUGUGGCGUAUGUCAUGUGAUGCAGAGGAGGAGCAGACGACGCCCCCGCCCGAGGAGUCAGGCGAUGACGAGGAGACCGUCGCACCGGGCGAGGAAGCGGAAGACAUGCAAGACGAAAUUGGUAUGUGUGCAUAUAUACAACACCAAACACCCGUGCCUGAAGCGCCAAGGGCAUCGUUUCCUCUCUCUUGUAUGUCUCAGAGGAGGUCGCGGGUCCGCCGGAUGAGGAAGCAGCCGACGAGGCACCAGGUCCGCUUGAAGAUCACUCUGCACGGAGCCGGCAGUUGUCACAAUUUUUGUGUGGUGUUGUUCACAGCUGCCCCCGAGCCCAAAGGGUGCAAGGAGUGCGACAUGACAUACCAGCCUGGUACGUAAGGAGGGGAAGGCUGGCAGCACAACACAAGUUCAUUGUGGUCCCUCCCUCCCUCCCCUGUUCAUUUGUAUGUGUGUGUUCAGUGUGCGGCAGCGACGGUGUGUCGUACGUCAACAAGUGUCUGUUCGAGAGGGCCGUGUGCGAACUGGCCUCACCCGACGUCAUCAUGACCUACACUGAGGGACCUUGCCCCAGGGGUGCCGGUAUAUGCAUCAGCCAAGCCACACACUCUUGUCAUGUCUCCUCCCUCCCUCCCCGAUGUAUUUAUCCAUCAGGCGGCUUGAAGCGGCCUCUGUUUCCUGACGCUUCUGACGAGGUGGCGGUCGACUGCGAGAAGCUCCAGGAUGUGGUGUGCCCCAGGGUCCUGGAGCCCGUGUGCGGCUCUGACGGCGUGACGUACCCCAACAGCUGCAUUGCCAAGAUGGCGAAGUGUAGCAAACCCGAGCUGGAAUGGCAACCAGGAGAGUGUGACGAUGGUGGGUUUGGGGCGGCAAAUGGAGGGAGGGAGGACAAGGGCCACAUGGCGUGUUCCUCAUGACUCGUGUGUUGUCUGUUGUCUGUUUGUCAGGUGUCCGUGAGUUGCAGGGGGACUGCAAGACGCCAUGCUACGCCCAGAAGAUCCCCGUCUGCGGCAGGCAAGCCAGCCACACCCACUACAGACAUGGAAGCCAACCACUCUCUGUGCACGUCACUCUCUCCCUGCCUGUCUGUCUGUCACUGCAGUGACGGCGUGACGUAUGACAACAUUUGUCACUUCGCCAACGCGUACUGCGACAACGACAGCCUCACCUACACCAAGGGCAAGUGCGCCAGCCGUGUCCUCCGGAUCCUGCAGGCGCCCUUUCGGCGCUUCCAGGACUGGUGGGAGGGCAACAGAUGGGGCGGGGGCACCGCCACCACUCGAACCAACCGACCCAACGCCACUGCCGACUUCUGCAACCCCGACCUGAGCCCAGAGCUCAUUUCGGAGAUGUGCCCACCGGCCUUCCUAGCGCAGCCCGUGUGCGGGUCCAAUGGCGUGACGUACGACGAUUGGUGCCGGUUCAAGGUGGCCCAGUGCAAGGAGCCGGCCAUGAGGCUGGCUGCGAUGGAGGCCUGCGACGGUAAGUAAGAUGUUGAUGGAUGGCAAUGGCAAUGGCAGCAGAGCAAUGAAGGAGAGUUCAUGAGAUCCAUUCACUUGUUUAUUUGUUUAUUUGUUUGUUUGUUUGUUUUGUCGUGCAGACAACGGGGAUGAUGUGAUUGCUGGCGCGCCCCCUCCCAGCAAUGUCGGGCCUCGACGCUUGCAAAAAGGUAAUUAAGCCAGCCGUGAGAACCGAACCGAACCGACACACACGCAUGCAAUGCACACCACACCGUGCGGGUCUCUUCUGGUCGUGCCUGCCCUUCCCUGCCUAUCAUCUCAUCUCAUCAGAGGAUGGUAAGGUCGAGCGCAUCAAGCUCCGCCGCCCGCGUGAGGGCGCCGGCAAGCCCUGGCUGGACUGGCGCGUCAACCGCACCGAGAUCAUGGACAGGAUCUGUGAGCGUGCCGGGGAGGUGCUGACCAAGCGGUGCCCGGCUUUCCUGCUGGAGCGAGGGCCGGUGUGCGGCGACAACGGUGAGGUGUACGAGUCGUGGUGCCACUUCAGGGCGGCGCAGUGCAACGACACGGAACUCAGAGGGGUCAAAGUCACGCCGUGUGACCAACAGGAAGACGGUGAGCAAGGCAAGCGACACAGACAGAGAAGGGGAGCAGAGCAGAGACGUGUGUGUUAUGUUAUGGCGUGUGUGAGAUGGAUGCUGCAGAGGAGAAGGCAGAGGGAGGUGAGGGUGAGGGUCGUCAGCUGCAGAGUGGGCUUGGGCGGCUCGGUGAGCUGGAUUGCGGGUGCCGCAUCGAGGCCUACGGCCGCCAGCCGGUGUGCGGCAGCAACGGCAUCACCUACCGCAACAUGUGUGCCUUCACCAGGGCCAAGUGCAGGAACAGCAAAAUACGCGUCACCGCCCGCAACCGAUGCGGAUUCACAUCUGUCCAGUUCCUCUCACACAACGUCUCGGAGCCAAUCCCACCUCCGCAAACCGAGGUCGCCCCUGAGGAGGCACCAGACGCCGCCCUGCCUCGCCAACUCCAAAGUGGCGACGUCAGUCGAGAGCAGCUGCAGCAAAGUAGGCACACACAGAGAAACUGCGCCUUGUGUGGCUGGCUGGCAUUGGUGUGCGUGCGUGUUGUGUGCAGGUCUGGGUUUUUCCCAGCGUGUGACGGGCGACGUGUGCAAGUGUGACGUGGCGGCGUACGGCAAGGACCCCAUCUGUGGUGGCAACCAGAUCACCUACGUCAACGAGUGCGCCUUCCAGCGGGCCAGAUGCCUGAUGCCCAAGCUCCGCAAACUCACCAGGGGCCCCUGCGGCACAACCGUCAAAUUCUUCGGUACGUGCGGUGGCUGGGCAGGGCAGGGCAGGCACACAGAAGAAACAAGUUUCCGUGAGGCGGGCAUUCGUUCAUUUAGGAGGCUUCCGCGGUCUGUCUGAGGCCAACGCCACGGUUGCCAUAGAUUUCGACAAGGACUGCAUGCGGCCAUGCGCAUUCGAAAUCGACCCCGUCUGCGGCAGCGACGGGGUCAGCGACACGACCACACACACAUUCACUUCAGACACCAGACAGACAGACAAAAGCUCACACUGCAGUCAGUGACCACCCACCUCUCCUUGAUUAUAUAUAUUCAUGUGGUUGGUGUGGUGUGUUAAUACAGCUGACGUACCCUAACGAGGAGUGCUUCCAGAACUGGGGUUUGUGCCGCGACAAGUCGCUCACCUUCACCGACGGCUCAUGCGAGGGGAGUGAGGGUGGGGACCGGCGAAUGCUUCAGAAGAAGGGUAAGGACGAGACGGGCCAGGAGAAGACCGCUGCCGACUUCAACUUCGCUGGCGACGACUUCACCUUCCUCGUAGACGGUGCGCACUCUCAUCAUGACACACAGACACGUGUGUGGUUAUUUAUCGGACGGCUCGAUGGCUGGAUGUGAUGGUUCACUCAGACCGGGAUCUCGGUGAGGGUCAGGCAGCGGCGUGCAGCAUGAUCUGCCCCACUAAGGAGCAGCCAGUCUGCGGCAAACACAGAGUCAGUAACGUAAAUAACGGAGGAAGGACGGGGGGAAGCCAGAGACCACACCACACCACACCACAGCACAUGACAGUCCGUCCAGCUCACCAUUUCAUUCAUUCUGGUGUGUACGUGUGUAGAACGGUCUGCUGGUGACCUUCCGCAAUGUGUGUUACUUUGAGUUCCGCCGGUGCAUGUCCAACGACGCAUGGGCGGUGCAGAGCUUCGGCAAGUGCCCCGACACCAAGACAGCGGCGCCAGACGAAUCCAAUGACGUCAUCAUCCCUCCGGGGCUCGGUGCGUCGGCUCAGCCGGCAUCCACACCACACACAGACCAGACACACACAGAACAGAGGGACUGCGGUCUUCUUGUGGAUGUUUGUUUGUGUGUUGUGUGUGUUGUGUGGGCUGUGUGUGCAGGUACUGAGGAGGAUGUCAACUACGGACAGGCCAUCAAGUGUCACUUUGCGUGCCCCACAGAAAUCCUCCCUCUCUGCGGAAACGAUGGAGUGAGUCCCUCCCUCCCUCCAUCGUGUGUCUGUCUGUAUGUCAACCGGUUUGUUUGUCCCCUCGUCUGAUGUGCAGAAUACGUACGAGAAUCUCUGCAUGUUUGAGGCGGCCCGCUGCAACGACACCACAGGCAACCUCAAGCUCUUCAGCAUCGGCCCAUGCACCGAGGCACGACUCGCCCAAAUCUCCGGGGGCGCCGGACAACAACUCGCACAAGGAAAUAUAGAAGCCACGGACGAUGGUACCCCCUCCCCCAACACACCUCACACAUAUGUCUCUUCGCCUGUCUGUUCUAAUGCCUGCAGGCAACUCCACUCGUGCGUUGCAAGAAGCGUCCUGCAUGUGCAACGUGGCAUCAUUCGGCAAGAAUCCCAUCUGCGCCAGCAACGGCAUCACCUACCUCAACGAGUGCCACUUCGAGCGCGCCCGGUGCCGCUACGCAAAGAUACGAAAGGUCGCCCACGGCCCCUGCUCCCUCAACCAGCUCAGAUUCUUCGGCGUCAACCGAACACAGCAACAACAGCAGCAGCAGCAGCAGGCCGCCAUGGUGCAGGGGGGCAAGACAGAGAUGCAGCAGCAGCCCAGAGGACUCAAACAGGACGGUCGGUGGGCGGCCGCACACACCCACACACAUGGAUGGAUGGAUGGAUGUGUGUGUGUGUGUGUGUGUCAGGUGGUAGAGGGCUGCAGGGUGCUGAGAUUGAUUGCAACGAGCCUCCCGAGGAUUGCCUCGCCAUAUGGGACCCAGUCUGCGGCACCGACGGGGUGAGACCGACCGGCCUCUGGCUGUGUGUGUGUGUGUGUGAUUUGUGUGAUUGUGUGUGCAGAAGACGUAUGACAACGCGUGCCGCCUGCGGCUGUACAAGUGCAUGGUCAGCCCCGAGCUGGCCAAGGCCCACGACGGCGAGUGCACCUCCGGCGUGUAGUAGUGGGAUCGAUCCCCCCGAUUAGUGUGGUUAAUCUAAUUAUCAUAUUUAUAACGAACGAACACAACACACCCACGCCGCACCGCGCCGCACAGAGGGGAGGAUGCAUUGAUUGCAUGGCGUCAGUGUGGUGUCCGUGUCCUUUUUGUAGUAUAUUUCUGAACAAAGCGAGGCGGGCAAUUGAAUUGUAGCAGUGCGGUGCAUGACUGUGUGCACGUGUGGGUGUGUCCAGGUGUGGGGCGUCUGCAGAGAGCGACAGGGAUGUUUUUCAACGCCAGCAACGGGCCACCGACCGAUCUGAUCACCACACGCCCCCCACCCACAACGAACGAACAGAAACCCACCCCGCUACGUGAAUGAGAUGCCGCUGUUCGUUCGUCUCUCUGUGCGUGUGUGUGUCCAUGCCAUGUGUGUGUGCAGUCCUCUUCUUUUUCUCUUCGUGUCACAUGUGCUUGUGUGUGUGUGCAGGGGGAAUUUGUUGUGGGGGUCGCCAUAUCAAUCAGACAACGGACGGACACAGACAGAGAGACACAGACGCGCAAAUGCCUGAUGGAUUUCCAUCUGAAUGCAAUGCUCCACCGCCA